UGACACACACAUUCUCUCCUACGAUAAACACAGAAGUAGCAGUAAGGGCUGGUGCAGGGAGACACUGCGACUCUCCGCAUGUAUCAACUGGCGAGUGUAUAAAUCGACUAAACUUUAAUACAGCCUGACUGAUUGUUAGGCGCUUAGGGUUUGGUUAGGUUGUUUCUUGGUCAGUCUGCCGGCUCCUCUCUCAGUCCGGGAGUCAGAGAGAGAGAGGGAGAGGGAGAGGGAGAGAGAGGAGUGCAGGACGAUGCGCCGCUGAAGGCUCCAGGUUUCCGGUCAUGGAGAAAGCGAAUGCCCUGUAGCGUGAAUGUGUUGACUCAGGCGACGUGAACAUACAGUGUCGUUUUAAAGGCGAUAUCAGUGACGAUGGAGCGGAGAGACGAGUUUCUGUGUGGGAUCGUUGAAGGUUUCUAUGGGCGGCCAUGGUCCAUGGAACAAAGGAAAGUCCUGUUUCAGUGGAUGCAGAGGUGGGGUCUGAACACUUAUCUCUAUGGCCCUAAAGAUGACCUGAAGCAUCGGCUGCUGUGGAGAGAGGUGUACUCUGCUGAAGAGGAAGCCCAGCUGAAAGCUCUGGUGUGUGAGGCUGAGUCAAGGGGUUUGACAUUCGUCUAUGCGCUCUCUCCAGGGCAGGACAUUGUCUUCUCCAGCUCGUCUGACCUCACGCUGCUCAAGCGCAAACUUCGACAGGUAGCAGAACUGGGCUGCCAGGCAUUUGCCAUCCUGUUUGACGACAUCGACCACUCCAUGUGCCAAGCCGACACUGAGGCCUUCUCCUCGUUCGCUCACGCUCAGGUGUCUGUGGCCAAUGAGAUCUUCCGUUUCCUGGGGGAACCUCACGUCUUCCUCUUCUGCCCCACUGAGUAUUGUGGGUCUCUCUGCUCUCCCAGCGUGUCCAAGUCCCCAUAUCUGCUGACAGUGGGUGAGGACCUGCUGCCUGGCAUCUCAGUCAUCUGGACAGGGAGCAAAGUGAUCUCGCGGGAGCUGAGUGCUGAUUCACUGGUGGAGGUGCAGUCGGUGCUGCAGCGCCCUCCCCUGGUGUGGGACAAUCUUCACGCUAAUGAUUAUGAUUCUCGCCGUGUCUUCCUGGGGCCCUUCAAGGGCCGGCCACCUGGCCUGCGGGCUCACCUCAGGGGCCUCCUGCUGAACCCUAAUUGCGAGUUUGAAGCCAACUACAUCCCUCUACACACACUGGGGACCUGGCACAAAGCAGGGAAGGAAGAGAGAGAAGGUGAAGAGCAUCAGUACUGUCCAGAUCAAGCUCUUUCUGCUGCGCUGCAGGACUGGAUGGAUGAACUGAGUCAGCCGCUACAGCCUGGUCGGCAGACCAGGCCUACAGAGCACAGGUCGUCGGGUCCCUCCUCCAAACACAAGCCUUCUGACAGCUCAGACAAUCAGCAUGGGGCUCAGUCCAAACCCUCGUCCACUGCGGGGGCCUGCUCCGCCCAGUCACAUAAACCUUCAGCUUCUAGGAAAGAGACUGUCGCACGGCCCCUGCGGAGUGAAGAGCGGGCUCAUGGGGGCCACAGUCGAGAGAAAGCACCAGGAAAGGGCCUGUGUGCUGGGAAGGGUCCAUUGAGUGAGGCACAGGUGCGACUGCUGGUGGGCCUGUACUACCUACCGCAUGAACACGGCCCACCAGCCCAGAGUCUGCUGCAGGACCUCACCUGGCUCAAAGCCAAUUGCCACUACGUCAGUGUCAAUGGCAACGGCAAGAAGACCCAGCCACAGAAGGUGGAGGAGUGGCGGGCGAGGGCGGGCCGGUUUCUGGCUGCGUGUGAUGAGAUUGCUGUGCUGCAUGGCUGUGUGGUGAACAGUGUGAACAGGGCUGUACUUUAUGACCUGUACCCCUACGUGUGGGACCUGAGGAACACCAUACUAGUAGCCAAGGCCUUCAUCAGCUGGCUGGAGGGGCGUGUGAUGAGUGAAAGUUCUCCACUGGGUUCCUGGAAGAACUGCUUCCACUGGUGUGGGGCCUCAUCAGGGGCGGAGCUUCUAGGUGUGGAAGCAGAGCCCUGGGUGUUCAAAGGGGGACUCUCAGGGGAAGUCCAGAUGCUUCUUCCUGUUGGCACCAGCAGUGAGCUGUUCAGCCACCCUCCUCCUCUCUUCCCCACCUCUCGCCUCUACAACAUACGCCCCUUCCAGCACAAAGACAAGGUGGAGCUGUACCGCAUGGUGCGUCAGCUACAUCAGAGGGCUAGAGGUGCUCAGGACUCUGCUGUGGUCCAUCCAGACUUCAUUGGUGACAGGUGUCUGGGUGCGUCCUUGGCGCUGUGCCCAGAGUACAGCUUUGUUCUGGAGGAUGAGCUGGGGGUGUGUGGGUGUGCUGUUGGCAUCCUUGAUGUGCGCUCCUUUGCCAAGCGGUGUCAGGCCUCCUGGCUGCCUGCUAUGAGAGACAAAUACUCUGUGCGUCCGCACGGAUCCAACGGACACACUGCUACAAAGGAGGCUCUGCAGAGUUUUCUUGAAGAGCAGGAUUACCCAGACUCUCUGCUGUACCACUUCCCCUCUCAGCUUCGGCUGGAGGCUCUGCCUGAACUGGUUGACUGCAGCGUCAGCAGAAGCCUCCUCACCUCCCUGCUCACAGCACUCAAAGCCAAUGGCUCCCAAGGUGUGUUUUGCGAAGUGCAGCCCACAGACCGGCUGAGGCUGGAAUUCCUCACUAAGCUAGGCUUUCUGGAGAUCUUGCGGGGGGAGGCUCGCUCCACAGAAGGGCUUGUUCUUGGCAGACUGCUCUAGAGCCUUAAUCAGCCUAUGAAUGACCACCAGGGACCUAAAUGGAUUUUUCUGACAGAGAUACACAGCAAAGGGCUCUGAAGUUAGAGAUUAAAGGAAUACUCUAGCAUUGCACCUCUGUAGUAUAUGCUUAAUUGCUAUGGACAAUAAUAUUACGUUUUCCUUUUUCAAAAGAAACGGAAACAAAAAAUAUAUUGAUUAAAGAAAAAGCCUGAGGGAAAUGUGCUUCAGCAGCAGCCCUUUGACUUUUAUUAUAAGUGUGUUCUGAGAGCACAGACUUUCUGUUGCUUUUCAGUUCAAGGAAAAUUAUUCUUCAUGGUAAUUGACUAUAUGCUAUAUAUGGAGCAAAUAGAGAUUAGGUUGAAAAGCACUUUACUUUAAGUAAGGGCCAAGUUCAACGAAUAUCUCAUUCAAUCUCAUUGUUAGUCAUGUUUGAGUGAAGUAUAACCCUGAGUUUUGCAGAAGAAACAUCGUUUAGGGCUGAAGGGUUACUUCCCCCAGAUAUACAUGUGGCUGACAGCUGAAAGCAUGUAAUAAUAAACGUCUGUGUCAGAACAGUUUAUUUAGAGUCUACCUACAGAACUGAGCAGAAGAGUUAAACUGGGCUUAGUUCACGCUGGUGCUGGGGCAGCUAUUGCAGGUACGAGGGUCUCCAUCAGCCCUCUCUGUUUACCGGGGCAUGGGUUCAUAAAGAGUCUGGCAGGACAAGCACUGAUCUACAGACACUCUGGUCCUCAAAGCUAGUAUGCUAGUAUGGGUCCAAGAUUUUGUUCCUACUGAAAUGGGCUGGAACUGUGCGAUUAACAAUCUGUACUGGAACUUGAUCUAUUAACCUUUAUUCAAUGAAGGGAUUAAUUGAAGCAUUAUUGUGCAUUUUCCUCUCACUUUGUCUACUACAGAGCCUUACCCCAGCUGGUGCACUUGCAGUUCUCAUUUGUGUGUGCUUGCACAGACGGUCACAUUAAAAGAGUGCUAACAAGCAGCCUCUGUGCAACCUGUAGAGACGUGUUUCAGAAGCAUAUUUGAAACCACUGGUGACAAAAAUCAUACAACCACUUUGUGUCGUUUGGCUCAAAUACUGCACAAGAUGUCUUUUCCAGGUUGUUCUGGCUUCACAUGCAUAUAUCACAGCAAGAUGAUGUUUUCCCCAUUAAACCAACAAGGCUCUAUUUACUGAAGGGCUGGACUUUCCAUAAAACAGCCAUUAUCGAGCAUUAUGAGCUCAUGUUUCAGCCAGUGAACUGAACUUGUGCUUCUUUGUGCUUUUACAUGCAUUGCCUGUACAUCACACGAGUCUGUCCUAAAUGCAUGCUUUGUCUGGGUGAUGUCACUUGGAGAUCAAGGCUACUAAUUACUUGGAUUAUGGAUGUUGCUGUUUGAUAGGAACAAAAGCUUAGACCCACACCAGCCUGUUUAUCAAGAAAACUGGCCACCAUUGGUCUGCACUCAUCUUGUUUACUGUGUAAUAGCGAUUACAGGAAUCUUUGCCUCUGCUCUAGAUUCUCUAUGAAUAACACCCCCUGAUCACUACAUCAUUACCCAAUUCAGUUUGAUUUAAUUCAGUUUACUUCUUUCUGUUGGUUUCUUUAAUGAACAGGCAUUUCUUCCAGUGGAUCAUUUAUUCAUAGCUUUUGGUGAUGAUGUGUAGCUUGUUAUGAGUGGUUACAAGCUUGUGUGUUGGAACUGCUCAUCACUUUAGGAGCCUAAAGCACAAUGACUAGGUUGUCGUAGAUGGUGGUUAGGAUGUUGUAGGAGAAAUAACACUUAAAUAACACUGUCAGCUCUACUAUCCUUUCUAUUUAGUUAUGUACAUACAAAACAUACGCAGACAUAGUCACUGACCACUUUAUUAAGUACACCUACCUUGUAUGUAUGCUCAUUGUCCAUUUUAUCAGGUCCACAUACCAUAUUGGUGCACUUUUACAAUUACAGACUGUAGUCCAUUGGUUUCUAUGUAUUAAUUGGUAGCCUUUGUUCAGCCUUAAUGGUCAGGACCCCCACAGGACCACUACAGAGCAGGAAUUAUUUGGGUGGUGGAUCAUUCUUGCACUGCACUAACACUGAUAUGGUGGUGACAUAUUAAUGUAGUCCAUAUUAUAGUAGUCCAUCAACCAAAAUAUCCAGUCAAGUGUCCUGUGGGCAGUGUCCUGUGACCACUGAUGAAGGACUAGAGGAUGACCAACACAAACUGUGUAUCAGCCGAUGAGCUACUCUCUCUGACUUUACAUCUACAAGGAGGACGAACAAGGAGGUGUGUCAAACAGAGUGGACAGUGAGUGGACACAAUGUUUAAAAAAUCCACUAGCACUGCUGUGUCUGAUCCAGCACAACACACACCAACACUCUACCAAAUCACUGCUGAGAAUGAUCCACCCAACAAAAUAAUACUUGCUCCUGACCAUUGAUUAACAUGGGAAAGCUAACAGAAUAUACAGAGAAACUGAUGAACUACAGUGUAAUCAUAGAAAUAAAGAGUGCCCCUGAAGUACUUUCCAAAAGUCGGAGUCCAAAAUUCAUUUAUUCAAUUUACAGUCAAAAUGGCUAUUGAGUUCAAGCUAUUCUUUUUUACGUUCUGAAUUUUAAUAGAAAAUUACACAGAAGCCUCACUAACUAAGUAUAAUAUCAUAUAAAUACAAAACAAAGAGGUUUGCAGGGAUAUUUUUCUGCACCUCCAGUUCAGUCUUAGAAAUUGAUUGUUGUUCACUGAAGGUGAAGCCUGGACUCUGGGGUGGUCAGUCCAUUGUUCUGAGAACACCAGCAGCUUCUUUGUUCUUUUAAUUAUUUUUUGAGUUCCAGUUUUGGAAACUAUCACUUAUGUUCUUGCAUAAGUUCUUGUUCUUUGACUUUCCCCUUCCUGAGGCAAGUGGACUGUUUUAUAUUUAAUAUUGUAUGAAAUAUCUCCUAAAAAAUUAAUAACUAAUACUUAAAGGCUGUUUUGACUGGAAAUUACAUAAAUGAGGGGUGGUUUCUAAUUUUUGCACGGUGUUAUAUAUAAAAUGGACAGGGGCGUAGAUACAAGGUAGGUGGGCUUAAUGGUGUGCUUAAAAGUGGCCAGUGGCUAUAUUUACUUUAAUGUUUGAGUCAUACUAUACAAUGACAAUACCGAAAGGUAGAUGCUCUCUCUUUCUCUCACUCAUUUAUCCACUCACACACGCGCACACACACACACACACACACACACACACACACACACACACACACACACACACACACACACACACACACAGACAGACAGACAGGGUGUGUGAAGUGUAUUAAUUAAGGUCUUGGUAUCUUUCCUGCAGGAGUUAACAUGAUGAAUCACUGAAUGCCACUAUGAGCUUUUUAUAGCUACACUUUUUCUGCAGAGGAUACUUCACUACCUACAGACACACACACACACACACACACACACACACACACACACACACACACACACACACACACACACACACACACACACACACACACACACCGGUGUAUAAAUAUCUCUGUGAAGGAGAACUAUUAUCAUCAGUUUGAACCCUCUUACUGCAUGCACACACACACACAUUCACAGAGAACAUCACUUCUGCUCACGGUUCUCUUUUACCAACAGCUCAUGAUUGCCAUAGCAACUAAAACUCUUAGGUCAUACAGCUUUUUUUAUCUCCUGCUAGAUAUUGUUUGGUUAGAAACAAUCAUUAUUACAUUAUAGCUCAAGGAUGAGGUUAUUUUGCAUGUUGGCAUUCUUGAUGUUGUGUUUCACUUCACUUUUGCACUCAUUUUUUGGCUGGUUUUAAUAUUGCUGCCAUGGUUUGUUUACUAAAAGGCCUCAGAUUGGGCUAAUAAUGAUACUGUAUUGAUAAUGUAAAAUCCAUUAUGUUGGAUGUUUUUAAAAGUUCUUUAAAAGUUAUGGUUAAACUUUUUUGUACUGGAAUGAAGUCUGUUUACAGUACUAUUAAAAACCUUUUGUUUUAACUCAAA